AUGAGAUUGAAACUAAUCUUCUUCUUCUAUUUCUUUUUCUUUUAUUCUUCUUUCAACAUCUUGUUUCCUUCUCUUCCAUAUCCUUUUAUUUCCUCUUCUCAUUUACCUUCCUCUUUUCUCCUUUAUUUUCAUAUUAUUUCUCAUUUUUUUUACUCUUUCUUCUUCACAUUUUCAUUGUUUUCUCCUGAUUUUUUCCCUAGAUUUUUUAACCUUUCUUCGUUUCCUUCAUUCGGUUUCUUCUUUCCUUUGUCCUCCUCCCGAUUCCAUUGGCAUUCGUCUUCGUAUUCAUUAUUAUUUUUUUUCCUCGCUUCUUUCUCAUUCUUUUUGCCGUUUCUUUCUCUUCUUCUGUUUCUAUUCCUCGUUCUUUUUCUCGUUCAUUUUCUCGUUCUUUUUCUCUUCUUUAUUCGUCUCUUUAUUUUCUUUCUCUAUUUUUUUUCUUUCUUCGUUUCCUUCAUUCGGCUUAUUCUUUCCUCUUUUUUUCCCCUCCCAAUUCUUUCGCAUUUCUUCUCCUAUUCUUUCUUAAUUUUUUUCCUCGCUUCUUUCUCAUUCUUUUUGCCGUUUCUUUCUCUUCUUCUGUUUCUUUGUCUCGUUCUUUUUCUCGUUCAUUUUCUCGUUCUUUUUCUCUUCUUUAUUCGUCUCUUUAUUUUCUUUCUCUUUUUUUUUCUUUCUUCGUUUCCUUCAUUCGGCUUAUUCUUUUCCUUUUUUUCCCCUCCCAAUUCUUUCGCAUUUCUUCUCCUAUUCUUUCUUAAUUUUUUUUCCUCCUUCUUUCUCAUUCUUUUUGCCGUUUCUUUCUCUUCUUCUGUUUCUUUGUCUCGUUCUUUUUCUCGUUCAUUUUCUCGUUCUUUUUCUCUUCUUUAUUCGUCUCUUUAUUUUUUUCCUCUAUUUUUUUCCUUUCUUCGUUUCCUUCAUUCGGCUUAUUCUUUCCUUUUUUCCCUCCCAAUUCAUUCGCAUUUCUUCUCCUAUUUUUUCUUUUUCUCUUCCUUAUUCGUCUCCUUAUUUUCUUUCUCUUCCUCUUCAUUUUUUUUUUUCGUCGUCGGUUUUGAUUCUUUCUCUUCUGAUUCUUUUUCUCAUUCUUCUUCUUUUCAUCUUCUUCGCCCUUUCCUUUUUAUUCUUUUCGUCAUUCUUUUCCUUUUCGUUUUCUUAUCGUUAAAUUCUUCAUUCUCUCUUUUCCUUUCGUUCAUAGUUUGUUUUUUUUUUCUACACGGUUGUUUUUCUUCUUUUUUUAUUUUUUCUUCUACGAAAUCCUCUUCCCCCACGUCAAUUUUCUUCAUUCUUUUUCUCUUUCAUUUCAUUCGUUUCCUCUUUCUCUCCCAACUCUCAGUUCUUCUCUUCGUCUUCUGCUUUCUCCUUUUCUUUCAUUACUGCAUCUUUCCUCAACCAUUUCUUCCUCUUUUUUUCUUUCUCUUUGCUUUCUUGUAUUUCUCCCCUUCCCCUUUCUUUCUCACGUCUCCACCCACCACUUCAUUAUUUAAUGACGAAACGCGUGGGGCAAGUUUGAUUUCUCUCUCUCUCUCUCUCUCUCUCUCUCUCUCUCUCUCUCUCAAUUACUCUCUCUCUCUCUCUCAAUUACUCUCUCCCUCCCUCCCUCCCUCCCUCCCUCCCUCCAGUAAUAAAUAUACUAGUGGUUCGAUUAAAAUAAUUGUUCUCUUGUUGGGUUGA